AUGAAGGAUGGGUAAUAAAUUUAGAUAAAAAAUGUAACCCAAUUAUAGGAGAUUCUUUUGUUGUUGGUACAGAAUAAUGUGAUGACAAUAAUUCAGUUAUGUAUAAAUGGUUUUAAUCUCUCAUAAUAUUAAUGUUAAAAAUCAUGUAUUUAAUGCAAAUUUGGAUAAUGUAAGAAAUGCGAAAAUGGAUAUUAAAAUCUAGAUGGAAAAUGCUUUGAAAUUACUUAUGAUGGACUAACGACAGAGAAUGAGUAAUGA